AUGGUUCAAAGUCAAUCUAUAGUUGAGGAUUUCGAUAAGCAAAGUAAGGAACACAUCGUACUUGAUCCUCAAAUUUUGAAUCAUAAAGAGAAUAAAACAAAAUCUUCACCGUUAUCCCAUUUUUCUACUCUAAUUAUCUCAAAAAACCAUUUUUCAAAGAAAAGCCUAUCUUCAAAAAUUUCAGAAACACACAUGAUACAACUGAAAAAUUCUGAUCCUGAAUAUUUAUCAAUUAAAGAAAGUUUUAUAUUUAAUAACUAUCAACCAAACAUUCAAGCAAUAUUAAAAUUACAAAUGCCAACAAAAUUAGAGAAAGCUCAUGAGAAAUACAAGAAGAAAUUAGCAAAAAAAUUAGGAAAGAAUGUAGAGGAUAUUACACACAAGAUGUAUCAUGGCACGACGAGUGCUCUUGAAUGUAGGCUCUUAGCCGAAAACAAUAUUAAGUUAGAAUCAUUGAAUGUAACAGGAAAAGAAAUAAUUAAUUAUAAUGCUGAUGUUAUUGAAGAGGAUCCUGAAAUAGUAGAAAAGUCGAAACUCAAUUUUUGCAAUAAAGAACAAUGUGGUGUUUGUGGAAUUUCUCGGGAGGGCAAUAGAAUAAAAUAUGCUAGAGUAGGAGGAUUAUUUACUUUGUUUUCAAGACGUAAAAUGUGGUUUGCAAGAGAUCCUGCUGUAUCUUCAGGUUUUUGCGGAUAUAGCGGUGUUAUUAAAACCAUGUUUGUGAUAGAUGUCAUAAACAUGGCUCAUGAUAAUGUUAUAGUAAAAUCUAACGAAAUGUUUACUUUAUUCUUUAUAUUAAAACAAGCACUGAUAGCUUAUCAAUCGAAUCUUCCAACAGGUCGUUCAGCUGAUACUGUUGGAUUAGGUUCACAACGACAAAAAAUGCAAUUUAACCAUCCUCUACGAUUUAUAAGUCAACCUUACAAUAAAAAAAAUUUACAAAGAUUUAUUACUAUAUCAUCUUCGAGUGAAUUUAAAAAACCAAAAAUUGAAAAAAUGCAACCCACAAUUGUCAUUCGUCCUUCUGAAGAAAGAGGUCAUAACGAUCAUGGAUGGUUAAACACAUAUCACACAUUUUCAUUUUCUGAUUAUUUUAAUUCAGAAUUUAUGGGUUUUGGUAAUCUAAGAGUAAUUAAUGAAGAUAUCGUUAAACCGACAAAAGGAUUUGGAAAACAUUCUCAUAGAGAAUAUGAAAUAUUUUCGUAUAUUAUUUCGGGUGAACUACAACAUAAAGAUUCUGGCACAGGAAUCUCUCAUUCAGAAUAUAAUAUUCAUAAAACUUUGCCUGUACAUUUUCUUCAAAUCUGGGCACUUCCUGAUAAUUUAAAACUUGAACCCUCUUAUCAGACAAAAACCUUUCCGGACUCUCAAAAAAUCAAUAACUUGGUGCAUAUAAUCUCUCCUACUAAUGCCAACAACAUUAAACCUAAUUCCAAUAGUACAAUCGUCAUUCAUACAGAUCUUAAUAUGUUUGCUAGUAUAUUAGAACCUGGACAUAAAAUUGUUCAUAAAGUGCGAGAUAAUUUUGAGAAUAAACAAACGAAUGCGGAAAGAAGAGUUUAUGUGCAUUUAACAAAUUUAUUUGGAUCUCAAAUUAAAAUUAAUGAGAAAAAUGUUUUGAAAAAAGGAGAUGGAGCAUUUAUUACUAAAGUUAAAAGUGGGGACGAAAUUAUUUUUGAAUCUGAGGGAAAUGUUAAUGCUGAAUUUGUACUUUUUGAUAUAGCUUAA